UAAGGUCUGCCACUCCUGCCGCUCCAGGGCGCGGUGGGGUAAUCUUUUAGCGGAGGGCCGAUCAAAGUAGCUUUGGGAAAGUGUGGAAAGUAGGCAAUAGAGCAGCUGCCCGGCGAUGUUGGGUGAGUUAGACCAGCCUCAGGCUGGACCCUCACAUGCCGGGCAUGACCCGCCAAACCCGAACCCCGAGAGAGGUCGGGUUGGGGUCCCAGGUGGGGUGAUCCGAAGGGCCGGUGGCCAUGGGCCCAGGUCGUGGAUUCAAAAGAUUCUGGAGCAGAUAACUGAUUCGCCUCUCCAGUGGGUCACCCCCUCAGAGGUGGUACCUGUCGCUGUGGUGGCCGUUCAAAGGUAUCUGUUAGAGAAUGAGCCACGGGACAAGAUGCCUAAAAUGCGUAAGCGUCCCUUUUACUGUUUCGAUGUGACGAUCUCAGACGGGGUGUACCGGGAAAAGUGCUACCUGGACCCCAGAUUGAACUUUCUCGUAUACAAAAAUAUUCUGAGAGUUGGCGUUGAAAUAAGAAUUUCCCGAGUUUCGUGUCUGUACAAUGAGAGACGGUUAGGCCAGGGGAUCGUGUGCAUAGAUAACGUCCACUGUGGGAAGACCCUGGGCACAAUUCCUUUAGAGACUCCCUUUAGAAAUAGUGCCCAUCAGGAGAUUCCCGAGAGGCCUUUAAGAGGCGGAAAAAGUCACUACCUGCCGCUCUGGAAUAACGAAGAUCCUUAUGGGGACAUCUGGCUAACCAACAAGGCACCUGAGGAACACGAUUUUACCGACACCAAAAUAAUUACCCUCUCUCACCUUGAAAUGACUUGGAAGAACAGAAGGAUUUUUCCCGCACUGCUUGUAAGAAUCUUGUAUAAAUCCAAACUCCGGUAUUAUGGAAGACCUGAUAAGAAGAUGGUCGAGCCAUACCAGACCUUUUUGGAAGUUGCUGACAGCUCAGGCACUGUGUCAGUGAUUAUGUGGAAUGCUCUAUGUCCAGAGUGGUAUAAAAGUUUGCGCACUGGUUUAAUUCUUCUACUUAGAGAUUAUUCUGUUAAAAGGAGUUAUCCAUUCAGAAUACAGCCUCUCCCUGUGGACCCACAGAUCAAACUGAUUUCUACAAUCGAAAUUUGCCUGAACCUCCGGGAUCCUCCAACUAAUAUAAUUAUCAUUCCAGAAAAUCAGGAGAAACCAGAAUGGAGAUUGCCAGCAUUAAGUCACCGCUUUAUUACAAGAUCAGAACUGGAUGAUAUGUCAGAAAAUUCUAUCUGUGAUGUUAUUGGCCUCUUAGUCUUUGUAGGAAGAGUUCAAAGGAGCAAGAAAAAAGAAAGCCGUGAAGAUUUUUGUUCAUAUCGCUGGAUUCACAUUGCUGAUGGGACUUCAGACCUACCAUUUAUAGUGGAACUGUUUUCUACAUCUCAGCCAGAAAUCUUUGAAAAUAUUUACCCAAUGAUGUAUUUCGUGUGUACACAAUUGAAAGUUGUCAGAAAUAACACUCUCAUACCUAACCUGCUUUACCUCACCACUACAAAUGAGAGCCGAGUGUUUAUUACUGGUCAUAGAAGCCAGCCAUAUAUCACUGAUCACAAAGUGAAAAACUUUAUUCAGUGGGUUAAAGCAAAGGCUGAUUCUGGCGAAGAGAAGAAUACUGUUAUUGGUGGCUAUUAUCCCUAUCCACCAGUGCCAGAGACAUUUUUGAAGUAUAGCAGAUCUCUUAAAGUUGAGUCGCUCUUGACAGCUAUAAAUGAAGUGAGGAAGGAGAUUGAAGACUUGCAGUAUAGGGAACAAAAGCGCAUUGCAAUUCAGGGGAUAAUUACUGCUAUAAAGUAUGUCCCCCCUAGCAGUACAACUGAAAGUGCCUCCUCAUCAGAAACACUUCGGAAAGCUAACCGACCUUCAGCAUCCGAAGAAGCCAGAAGAGAAAGCCAAACUCAAGAAAGAGGCGGUGCAUUAUAUAGAGAUGAUGUCCCUACAACUUCUCAAUGUAUUCCAGCUACAUAUACAUGUUUGAGCCCCAGCAAGAAGAAAAGAAUUCUGGACAGCUCAUAUGGCACACUAGUUCCUGUAUCUCAGCCCAAAGCUUCUGCACAAGAGAGAGGAAGUAAACCUGGCAUGCGAGGCAUCUCACCAAGCAUCAUCCCAAAUCGGGCAAGCACAAACUUUAGUUACCAAGGAAAAGCCAGAAAAACUAUAAUUGAUAAGUGGGAAAGUCAGCUGUGGAAAGAGAAAAAGUUAGGCUUGAUGGAUCACCUACAUUACAGCACUGUUCACCCUGAAAGUAUUCCAAGGAAAUUUGAUCUAGAGCACAGGAAGUUUCUUAUUCAGCAGUUUAAUUCUCAACCUUCAAAAUACACACCACCAGAAGCAGUUGACCCAAAACUUGAGGAUUUCAAAAGUGCCCGAUGCCUUGGAUAUUUUGAAAUGACUAUCCUAGGUCUGAAUCAUGAGAUAGCAAUUGAUGUUGCAUUCCUACCCAUGUAUUGUUCAGAAGAUCUCCGAGCAUCUCAAAUAGAUACACUACUAACCUGCAUGAAUUACAGCUGUGUGUAUCCACAGGAAGUAACUGGCAGUGAAAGAGUGCCAGGUCCAAGAGCAAUUGCAGGUGAUAUUAUGAAAGCAAUAAUUGAACUGGAUAGAGUACAUAUCGUUGGUGUCCUGGAUAUCUGCAAUUUAGGUGAUAAUAAAGUAGAAGUCUAUUUGCAUAAAAUUUAUAGCCCAGAGAAUACUUCCUAAAAUUUUGACAGAUAGAACUAUUACCGGUUACUAAAACAUUUCUGUUUUACAGUGUUUUAUCAUUUUCUUGACAAUUUCGAUAAUCUUUUCAGCAAAAAUAUUACGUAAGCUAUAAAUUUAUUAAGUGAAUUUCUGUUCAUCUUAGAUUUGGAACUAGCAUGCUUCGUGUUAAAUUUGUUAACGUUCAUCAAAACUAUUUUGUGUGUAAAGGAAAUCUGUCUUAAGAUCUAUUAAUAGUAUCUUGACUUGUGAAAAAUCUAUGUUUACUGUUCUAUUUGCAAAGUGUACUUUUCUUCUUAAGCCUAAACACAAGGCAUCCUGACUUACAAGAGCGAAUUUCCAUGAAGAUUUAGCAUCUUAACACUUUCAUUCACAUCUAAGGAGAAAUAAGAAAUUUAAGUGCCAGUGUUAGAUUAAAUUCCCUGAAAGGGAUCAGCCUGAAUUUCUCAUUUUAAAAGUACACAUGGAUUGAUAUAAUCCUGUCACCAUGAUCUUUCAUUAGUAUUUUCUGUUUUGUAUUGUAACUUCAUGCCGUUUAAACUUACAAAUGUUUUGACCAGUGUAUGAUCUUAGAGCCAAAGGAUACUGUUAUGUCCGUAUUUUUUUCAAGUAUUCAUGUGCAAUUUGGUAUAUGUGAUGUGAGUUAAAAUAGCAAAAUCUUAUCUCGUAUUGGAACUUUAACUGUUCAUAAUGAAAGUAUAAUGUAUUAAGAAAAUUCAUUUUAUUCAGACUGUUCUGUUCCGUUUUAACUCUUAAUACCUGUUCCACCUUUAUAAAGCCCUGUUGUUGACUGACAUCUGUGUGGCUACUUAGAUAAGCCACAAUGACUAUCACAUUUGUUAAAAAUUGGUCUAUAUCAAGAUGAACCCGACUGUAGUUAAACUGUUACGUUGUGAGAUUUUCUUCUGUGCCUAUGGGUUACGUAACUUCAUGUGCUAUUCAUUUUAACUGUGUAAGGCAGCUCGCAAACAUGAACAUAGCUGCUCCUGUUUGUUUAUGAACAUGUUCAGUAUUUUGUUCUUAGUAAUUGUGUUAAUUAGAAAACCCUUCCAUGUUACUAAAUAUUCAGUGUUAAUAAAGAAUUUAAAAAUGCA